GCCAUGUCGCGAAAGCCCACCACAUCAGAGCCGCCGAAGCGGAGAAGAGCAGACGGCACAAGGUCGCGAAAUGGGUGCCGCACCUGUCGCGCCCGCCGUAUUAAGUGCGAUGAAACUCCAAACCAAUGUAAAAACUGCACAUCAACCGGGCGCUCCUGCACCUAUGACAUCCACCGUCUCCCGCGCGCAGCAAAUAACACGCACCGUCAUCCCCAAAACCUACUGACUCAAGUAACGGAUGGCUUUCGCUGGGCGAUAACAUCCGACGAGCGGCGCUGCUUCUCGCACUUUCAACACUUCACAAUCCCAGGAUUACUGGAACUAUUCGACUCGGAACUAUGGAAACAGCUCGUCCUUCAGAUCAGUUACACGGAGCCGGCGGUCUACCACGCUGCGGUAGCCUUGAGCGCCAUACACCAGGACGUUGAGGUAUCGGGGAUGCCAUUGCCGGGCCAAACUCGGCAGAAUAUCUGGCAGAAGUUUGCACUUGAACAGUCCGCACGCUCGUUCGGGAUUCUGAGUCGACGGCAUGCGAGUGAUCCACGCCUACGAGAAGUCAUGCUGCUAUGUUGUCUUCUGUACUCGCUCCUAGAGCUCCUACAAGGCCAAUACGAGCGAGCCUGCCACCACCUGCAAGGCGGCCUACGCAUCCUCCGAGAGCUGAAGGUCCAGGAACCUCUAGCAGACGAGACCGAGUCACCAGUGGAGAAGUGCUUAGUGGCAGCAUUCGUACAGCUAGACAUCCAGUCGACAUACUACGGCGUCGACGGGCCAGUUCUCUGCGUGGACAACGAACUAGGCAAAUACCAAUGGCAACUGAAGAAUGCCGACUCCUUCACAAGCCUGAUCGAAGCCCGUCAAGCCAUCGAGCCCCUAGUCAGUGGCGUGUUUCGAUUCACAUCGCAAUCCUGGCCACUAUCUCCCGCCGACGUGGCGAGAGAUUACAACUCUUUGCUUCCGCGGCAAUACCAACUCCUCUCUCAACUAACCCACUACGCCGAACUAUUCACUCCAUUCUACAGCCACGCAUACCCCGCGCUCACACGAAAAGAGCAACGCGGCUCCGACAUCAUCUACAUCCUCCACCGGACCCUCACAUUAUCCGUCAAAACCUGCCUCCUAGCCAAGAACCCCGCCGUGCUCGACCUCUACACACCGGAGUACCAAGAAGCAUUAUACCUCGUCGAGGCACUCUUACAGCGGUACCCGGAACGACCAGCAUUCACACUCGACGUGGGCAUCCUACCCAGUCUGUACCUGAUUUCCUUCGGCUGCUACGAUAUUCGGGUACGACUACGCGCCAUCGAAGUGCUACAGCAAUGGCCACAUCGCGAGGGACUGUUCGAGUCGAAGUGGGCGUCGUUCCUCCUACUGGAGUUUGUGAAGGCGGAUAUCAAGAAAGAUGCGGAGAACGUGCCAGUAGGAACAAUGGAUGAGAAGUCGGAUGCUGGGUCAAGUUCCGCUGCGAGCUCGCCAUCCGCUACGGUGGAUCAGUAUAUGUCUACCGUGGGGCAUAUUGAGCGCAUUCAGCAGCAGAUUAUGAGCGGUCAGGAUUUUGUCUUGCAGGAUGCCCUGCAGAGCGCGGAUUAUUUGACGUCGUGGUCGUGUGUGAAGGCGAUUGCGCCGAAGAGGGGGCGUAUGGCUUAACUGAAUUCAUCAUACUGUGCCACCCUAUAUAAUAUAUCAGAAAUAUAUCUUAAAACGUGG